GGUGAAAAAUUAAAUAUGUGGCCUUCCAAAACUCCUCUCUGGACAACCGACGAAUUAAAACUACUUGCGACUUCAUCUUUAGCUCCAGUGGAAUAUAUUUCGUUGAAUAAUCUAAUAGAGAGGUCUGAAAAUUUUAAUCAAAUUAUAAAUUUUCCUAUUUCUACAAUUAAAUGUGAAGAACUUCGCCAAAAAGUGCCAGAAGAAAUUUUGCAAAGGAACAUCGACUCCGUCUAUCCAGUACUGCACGAAUAUUCCUUGCUCUUGUACGCAAGAUUUUUAUUAUUCAAACGCAAAUAUGGAAGUAAUAAAGAAAAGGAAUUGUACAAAAAUAUGACAAUGGAACAAUUCGUCGACAGACUGUUAAAAUGCAGAGCAGUAAUUUUCGUUGGUAUUUUUGAUGCUUAUAAGCUCGCAGAUGGAAGUUCUUCUAUGUUAAGUGACUGGAGCACAGUUGGAACAGACAAAGAGCAUGAUUUAUCCAUACUAAAGUGCCUUAGCUAUGACGAAAUAAAAAUGUCGGCUUUAUUAUCAGUGUCUUCAUAUACACAUUUUAUUAAUGACGGCAAUCGUUCGAAUAGGGGGAUAUAUGAAACGGAUAGAAGUAAAAUAGAAGAAGAAGGGAUAAUAAUGGGAGUGAUUGGACCGCGAUGCCCGAAACAAGGAGUCAUGGAACAACAAGAAAUUAUAGUAGCUAAAGAACAAAAUACUAAAGAAAACGGUUAUUCAUCUUCAAAGCACUCUAUGCCAAAUUUGAUGCUCUCUUUCUAUGAGGAACCUUGUUCAGCUUAUAAGAAAUUGAAAAAAGAAUUUUCUAAUGAGCAGAAAUAUGUAAAACUACCAAAUAACUGGUAUUUUAAUAAUGAUGCUUAUGCCAAAAGAUUGGCACUGUCCAUUGAUACAAUUUUAAUUGAAGCUAAUGAUAGAGCAAAAUUAAAAAACACUUUUGCUUACGUCCAUGUAGUCGGUAUAGGAUUAGGAGUUUGGAAAAUAUCUCCACAUCAAGAUGAAUACUUUAUGAAAGUUUUUGGCGAUAGACUGAGAUGUCUUGGAAAACAGUUACAUAACAUCAGUGAUACAUGCUUCGCCUAUAUCAAAAGUUCUAAAUUAGGGGAAUAUGAGAACGGCGAUUUGUUACCAAUCGAGGACCAUCCGUUGCACGGCAUAAAAAUCCAUAUUGAAAACAGGGAACCACAUAAAAAACUUAGUGGGGAGUCGAAGGAAAAAUUGUUGGUGGUGACAUUUGCAUGGGAUGGUAAUUCUUUGCCUGGCAACGAGUUUUGGUGGGGUCAGUUAACCUCAAGCAGCGAUCCUGCUGCAGCUUGUUCCACCCAAGUUGCUGAAUUACAUAACGCACAUAUUAACCCUGGUCUUUGUGCCUGCAAUUUGCGAAUUGCCACUUUAGACAAAGGACUGGUUAAAUUUAACGAUUAUCAGAAACAAAUAAAAAUGAAAUAAAAUAUAAUUAUCAACGCAUGAAUAUAUAUUUUGUAUGUAUGUUAAAUAUAAAAAGAUACAUUAUUUACAAUAAAAAUAUUAUUUGGUACAACUACCAUA